CACACCUCACAAACUGAGACAAUUCAGGACAAGCUGAAGGCAAUUCCGACUCCGAUAUGGAGGAUCUACGAACGCGAUGAAGUUCCCACAGAAACCGUGCGUGUUGUGCUCCUGGGCUACGCUAAGACAGGGAAAAGUCUCCUUGCCAAUACAAUUGCAGGCGAGAAACUGUUCGAAGCUGGAUUACUCAAACCUACAACAGUAUGUCAAAAGAAACGGGCAAGCGUGGAUAACAGGACAUUUCAGAUAAUGGACACACCAGGUUUUUCCUUGCACAACAGACAGAACAUUCAGACUACUGUUGAGGAGUUGGUGAGCAGGGCAAGUUCCACUGAUGCUUUCUUGCUUGUUGUCAAGGCAUCGCCAAUGACAUAUGAAGAGGAACUGCUCUUCAAACAUGCCAGCGCAAUUGCUAGGAAGCCAAUAUCACACAAAAUAGUGCUUGUGUUCACAACACUAGAUGACGAUAUCACUUUGAAGGGAUAUCUCAAGAACAUUCCCAGUUUCCUGAAAGAAUUUCUCCAGUUCUGCUACAACCCUCCCGUGCUUGUCAACAUUUGGACACAAUCAAAGAUGGCGAAUGAUCAAAUACAAGACCUGUUUAGGGCAAUAGGCAAGAUACAAAGUACGCAUGUGCAAGAGCAACAGAUGAGCAGAAUACCUCUCACAAACUGA